AUGCCGCGGAAAGUAACACUUGAUAUCGCACCACCACUGGCGCGAUGGAUGAAAGAAUCCCUUGACCGUUCCGUCUUCUAUCGUUCUAUUCCUGUCCUCGCUGUCCGCGUCCCACCGGCGAAAGCAGGGUUGGUGAUGAAGGCUGAAGCUAUGAGAGGAUCCAUCAUGAAUCUGCCAAAAGUACGGAGCGUCGUGGCGGAUCCUGCCAACCCGGAUGAGAACAGACUCGUUCUUCUCAGGAUACAAAAUGAAGUCGACCUUGCGACUGAUGCCAAGGAGUUUUUGCAGGCGCAGAGCGCGGAUUUGACAACUUACCAGCUGGAACUGAAUUAUGACUACUGGACGGCGGAUGAGAUCCUUCAGGCCAUCCUCCCCGAAGAUCUCCUCGAAGACUCUCCAACGGGAUUCGCUGUCACUGGUCAUCUUGCCCAUAUCAAUCUGAAUGCCGAAUAUUUACCGUACAAACACAUCAUCGGCCAAGUUAUUAUGGAUAAGAAUAAAAAGAUCCGCACAGUCGUCAACAAACUGGAUUCCAUUGACACAAAGUUCCGGUUCUUCGAGAUGGAGCUCAUCGCGGGUGAACCUGAUUUCGUCGUUGAGCAUCACGAGUCCGAUUGCCGAUUUACGUUUGAUUUCACGCAGGUUUACUGGAAUUCGCGGUUGCACACCGAGCACGACCGCCUCGUGCAACUAUUCCAGCCGUCAGACGUUGUUGCAGACGUAUUUGCAGGCGUCGGUCCAUUCGCUAUUCCCGCGGGGAAAAAAGGCUGCGGUGUUCUAGCGAACGAUCUAAAUCCGAACAGCUACAGAUACUUGCAGAAGAAUAUCGCAGAUAACAAGGUCCAGCAGCACGUGCGAGCGUUCUGCGAAGACGGGCGCGAUUUUAUUCGCGUUGCAGCCAAGCGAGCACUUGAGAACCCGCUGCCGUCGUACGAGGGGCCGAGAGCUACGAGGUCCAAGGUGAAGGAACAACGCCGGGCCAGGGUAAAGCAGACGGCAGGCCACUCCGCAGCCACAUCUUCACCGCCUGCCGAGGCGGCGCCGCAGCGGAGCCGAGUCGGCCAUUUCGUGAUGAACUUACCGGACUCUGCGAUCAGUUUUGUUGACGCGUUUCGUGGCAUAUUGGCUGGUGAAUCUGAGGCGGAGGAGAGCGUCUUCAGGGAAGUGUACGACACGAUGCCGAUGGUUCACUGCCAUUGUUUCACCCGCGAACUUGAGACUGAUGCAGCUCGGAGGGACAUCCAACAGCGGGUGGAGGAACAGCUCGGGCACCCGCUCGGUAAGGAUAUGUCGCUGCACUUUGUUCGCUCCGUAGCACCGAGCAAGGACAUGUACUGUAUCAGCUUCCGCCUGCCGCAAGAAGCGGCGUUUGCGAGGCGAUAAAAUGAAUGUAGACACGUCGUGUUC